CUGCUGCCUCAAACGGCCAUUUGCAAACCGGUUCCGCUAUUAACUGUCAAAAUGAAGUCUGCAGAAGCUGUGUGUUUGGACUGCUGUGUCUGUGGAAGGGAAUCCAAAGAGAUGCGUUUAAUAGGAUCGAAAAGAACUAUAAAUUUGAGUGAAUUGUUAGCUAAAUACGGUGGCAUUUCUAAGCAACAAGGAAAGAUUUGUCGAAACUGUUUCGACAGACUUAAAACUGUUCAUAAAAAUGCUUCAAAGAUUCGCCAACAGUGCUUGAACACCCAAGCAAAGACCAAACAAUGCCACCAAGCGUUGCAAGCAUUAUUGACCAAUGUAAAUGAAGAAUCUUUAAAGGAUGGUAAAGAAAUAUAUGUUCAAGUCCAAGCUAUAGAACUGGCAAGAUUUAAAGAAGAGAAUCUAAUGCCUGAAGAACUGAUAUAUAAGCCAGUAACUAUUGACAUGAAAGAAAAAAUAAAAUAUUUGGAGAUGGAAAUUCUACAGCUAAAAUCAGACCUCCAGUACCUACGGGAACUUCAUAAAACCAACAUACGCAUUAUGACAAAUUCCUGGUUAGAGAGCAUGCAAAAAUUAAUGAAUAAAGUUUCAGGAAUAACAGCAAAUGAGGAACAGAAAGAAGAUAUAUUGGAUGAUACAGAAAUAUCUAUCAACAAACCCUUCUCUUUUAGAAUGAAAGACUGUUCUUCAAAUGCUAUGGAUCAUCUAUACUGCAAAGACUUUACUAUAAAAGAAGAGCCAGAAUCUGAUAUUGAUGAUGCUACAAAAUAUUCCCUUCCCUCUGAUCAAUUUCAAAACUGGCCUGUCACAUUAAACGCCAUAAAAAAAGAACAACAGCUUCCUUCUUUAUGUCUCAAUAUCAGUAAUAUAAGAACUUUAUCUGGAGAAAUAAGUGAUGAUGUCACAGAAUGCAGUACAACCAUGACUCCUCAGAACAUAAACAUUAGUAAUAUGAGGCGAAAAAGAACAAGUACAGAUGAAAACAAUGAUAAGAAUGAGGAAGUUAAGAGCUUGAAGUUAGAUAACAUUGACCAUCAGAACAUUAUUGAGGAAAAAACAUCAGUUGUCAGUCUGAACAACAGUGUAACCAAACCCUUUGUUGUAGUAGGAGAACACUAUAAACAGAUUGCUAAAAACACCACUCAGCAGUUACAAAACAUUUUGAAUUUGAGUCAUUUGAACGUGAAGAAAGAAAAUAUAGCAACAAAUGAAAAUAAAAUGACACACAAACCUAUCAUAUUUCCUGUGAUCAUUCCAAAAAUCCUUCCUGCAGAGCCACAGGUUUUAAGAAAUGAGUUGUUAAAGCAGGAUGUCAUCAUUGGUGGUUCUCCAUUUAGAACUGAAAAUACGAGUAUGAAAAACCAAGUUGUAUUUAAUGUUAACAGCAGUCCAAAAAAAGAACAAACAGAAAAGGCUAGCUAUUCAGCUUCAUUUCAAGUUAAAUACCACAAGAUUUGUCCAAAACCAAGUAAUGAUGUAGAUGUUUCCAAACUACCCGAAUGUGGUAAUGAUGGAAUGGAAGUCAAAGCAGAAGAAACAAAAAUACAGAAUUAUUAUCCAAGACCACAGCUACCUAUACCCAACAAAUCACAAAUCUGCUAUGUAUGUGGAAAAUUUAUAGAGAAAAGAGAUUCAAUGACAUCUCACCUCAAAACCCAUAAUGAGAAAAUGUUUAAAUGUAAUAUUUGUGACAGAGCCUUUAGUAGAAAACAUCACAUGAUGGAACAUCUAAAUACUCAUUCAAGAGUUAAACCUUAUGUAUGUCACUUGUGUGGAAAAGGUAUACGAUUUGAAUCAUCAUUUAUUAAGCAUAUGAAAAUUCAUAAAGGGGACAAAAGAUAUCCUUGUGAUGAUUGUGGAAAACGCUUUAUGGACAAUAGUUCAUUGUUAAAACACAGGCGUAAAUGGCAUGAGUCGAACAAAUUGAAAACCAGAAAACCACAAACUUUUACAUGUAAAACCUCUGGCUGUGGUAAAAAAUAUCUAGACAUUUGCGAGUUGAGAAAACACCAAUUGGAACAUCCUUCUGAGAUACAUAUAACUGAACCUAAUGUAUGCCCAGACUGUGGUGAAGGAUUUGACAAUGAGGAGGCUUGUAAGAAACAUAUCCCUGUUCAUCUUGAAAAUCUUCCUUAUGGCUGUGGAACAUGUGGGAAAUCAUUCUCUAAAACUGUCCAUCUUCAGGCACACAUGGCAGUUCAUACCAAAAAAAGUAAAUUUCGUUGUUCAACAUGUAGUCUGUUAUUCUUCACCGCUAAAUCUUUUACUGAACACAUUAAAACUCAUAAAUAUACUGAAAACAUGUGUGAUGACUGUGGCCAGUCAUUUCCUGAUGUUAGAACUCUAGAAGAUCAUAUAUCUGAACAUAGUCGUGAAGAUUUAUUGUAUGGGUGUGGAUUUUGUGAUAAAGGCUUCAGUAAACCAUCACAUCUGAAAUAUCACAUGAAAAAACAUGAAUUUGUUGAAGAAGAUAGUCACAGCAUGACGGAAGAAUGUAGAAAUGUAGACAACAAUCAAUGAAAGGUUAAAUUGUAUUAUAUUCUAAAUUUAACAGAAAGAAUUUGUUCAAAUGUACUUGUGUUCCCUUAUAUGUUUUCUUUAUACAUGUAUGUGUAAAGUAUACACAUCUUAAUCAUGUUAAUCAUCUGUAAAGUUUACUUACGAAUAUCUUACAACGUAUUGAGUGUAAAAACUUUCAGACAAUCAUAGAUGUGUUAAAGUCCAGUGAUCCAGAUAUUAAUAAGAAGGGGUGUGUUUCUAACAAUUCAUACUUUACCAUUAUUAAAUAAAGGACGUGUGGUGUAAACAUCAAUGAGAUAACCCAAUUACACAAAUAGCCAAACCAAAGAAGACUUUAACAAUAAAAAAAAUCAUUAAAGCAGAAUUUAUAAUUAAAGAAUAUUUGCUAGUGAAAUAAUGAUUUGUGAAUUUAGUUUGAUUGAAAGAUAAUGAUUUUAAGAGGCAUAAAUAAUGAUUUAGAAAAAAAAUAGAAUAUGAUUUUUGGCCUGGUUGGACGAAGAUCAAAACCAGCGUAAAUAGAAAUAAGGAGAUGUGGUAUGAUUGCCAAUGAGACGGCUAUCCACCAGAGUUCAAAUGAAGUGGAUGUAAGCAAUUGUAGGCCAUCGUCUGGCCUUUAAUGAUGAGAAAAACCCAUUCCCUAUAAUUGGCUAUUAUAUAACAACCACUGAACUACAUGCUCCGGACUAAGGACAGGCACAUAAAGAAUGUGGCACGUUUAAACAUGUUUAUGAGCGCUCAACCCUCCUCUAACCUGGGACAGUGGUGUAACAGCACAACAUAAGAACUAACUGUAAAAAAAAUCAGUAGCAAUUGGCUUAACUCAAAAGAUUGAUAUGAGGCACAAAAACAACUAACAUAAAAAACAAUAGAAACAAAGUAUUGAAAUAAGAGUACUUGCAAUUACUAAAAGCUAAUAAAUAAAUCAUGUUUUCCCCAAUUAAAGUAUCAAUCAGUACACAUCCAACGGAUUUAGUGUCAAGACAUCAUAAACAGUAUGAGAAAUGCAUGACCUUGUGCAAUGUCUAAAUAUAAGUAAACAGUAUUUACAGGAUGUAGGAUAAUGAGUUAUAAUAAUUGUACAUAUAUAGCAAUAUAUAUUUAGGUCUGUUUUAUUUUUUUAUUUUUUAAUAAUGUUAGUAAAACCAAUGAAAAACAAUAUUAAAAUAUUGUACUUAUGUGUUAAAUGUGUUAAAUUGAUAACCUUUAAGAAUAAGUUUAUUUCAAAGAAUCAACUAGUUCACAUGGAUCAUAUCUAAGUUUACUGGCUUUAUAAACAACAUCACAGUAAAAAUUAGGAUGUGGUAUCCUGUUUUUGAAGAAGAAUUCUAUAUAUCAGGCUGUACUAGCAUUAGUUUCAAAGCACUUUGAACAUGCAUAAUCAUAUACGUGUACUUUAUUUGUAUGUGCUGGAGCAUUUAUAACUUGUUGGUGUGAUUAUUUGAUGUUGAAAGUCAUUGCAUUUGAUUGUAACACACAAGGGAAGUAAUUUUUUUUAAAGAAAUUAUAUUUGCUCUGUAACUGCUUCCUCAUAAAAAGACUUCGGUAGCAAAGUUCUCCUUCAAAAACAAAUUCGGCUGUUUCACUUUUCAAUUUUCAAGCCGAAGGAACUGUGGGUGAAUGAGACAUCUUCUCUGACACCACUUUGUCUGUUAUAAACUUACAUGACCAGUGAAGAAAACUGCCUCGAAAAAGUUUGACAUUUUGGUUCCUGUAUUAAUAGUGUAACCAAAUUAGAUAUGGUAUAAACCAUCAGAUCUGCCAUCAGCACCUUUCUCAAAAGACAAAACCAUUAAGAAAUGAUGUAAGAAACCAACAAGAAGGUUCAGGACUUGAACAGGCCCAUGACUAUGAAAAAGGGUUAAUAAGUUUGUUUUUUUAUAAAUAGUUUAAUAAAUUACAUGUUGUAUUAA